ACCCCACUUUGGCGGCAUCAGUCUACCGCGGACAGUCACUCGAAAACGAUCGUUGAAACCGCGACUUGAUCCACUCCGGCCUGCUGAACCAGCUGCUGGACUUGGACCCCGGGACCAGAGCAUCAUCUGGAACUUGCGUGGAAAUUUGUGAAAUUUUGUGAAUCAAGUUCGAGGAAGAAAAACAGCCAUUCAUAGCAAGUGUAAAGUGAUACUGUGACACAACAGUCGUUUGACUCAGCGGCGUGUUUCGGAUGCUGUAAAGUGUCAACGAGAGCCAAGAUUUACGAGAUCACUGUCAAGAGUGGUUGAUGAUCCGCAGAAUUAAAAAUAAUUGAAGAAACGGGGAAGCCUGCCUAGAAGAUAAAGCAUUUUCACGUAAUAUCACCGAGGAAUUUUGUGAUUUCGCGGGACCGUGAAGACCAAAAGGCCAGAAAAGCCGUGACGAACGCAUUUUAUUUUUAGUGGAAACCGAAGGCUUUCUCGUUUUGUGCUCGCGUUAAAAGGAACAGAAGCUGUCAGUCAAAAUCAUUCUCAAUUUUUGCGAGAAAACAACGGAAGAAUACCGUACCUUGCGAAGAUUUGGAGGUCGAAUAGCAGUGACUUCAAGAUUUUACCCCCCGGUGAAGUAAAGAAGAAGGAAAACUCCCAAAUUUUCCGCGAAAACGCAACAUCGCCCGGUUAAAAAUAGAACUGCAUUUGGUCCAGAAGUAACCUGAGGUCUGAGCAAAUCCCCGAAAAUCUAUGCUCCACUGACUCACUCGUCUGAGUUAGACGAUGCUGCUCGGCGUCAGACAGACUCAACAGCACGUGCUUCUGGAUCGGGAAUCGCAUUAGUCAAAUCGCGCGCUGGUGCAGAAGAAGUGUACACGCCGUCGCCCGCUAUUAAUAGCGCAGAACUCGAGGAAGAGAGUUCGAAAAAGUAGAUCAACCCAAAUCUAGCCGCAAUUAAGCAAAUGUUCCGCUGUUGCCUGGAGCGGCAACAGAACAGUGAAAUUUCAACAGACACGUUCAGACCUCCCAGGAAGCCAACAUGUCUUUCUGUCGCAUCACCGGCAAGUGCCGGUCACUGCCGAAGCCAAACUAUUUCCCCAUGCUGCCACCAAUCUCUCCAGCAGAUGCCAAACGGUUCUGUCGAGUGACGGGGAAGUCGUACGGACUUCCGUCGCACCACUUCAUACCGGUCUGCCUGAUCAAAUCUUCACGCAAAGAAAAGUGCAAAGUUACCAACAUUGCCGGCGAGCUAGACCCCCACCACUACCAGCCAGGAAACUACGGAAAUCGCAAGCAUGCAGUCGUCGUUGCGUUCCGGUACGUGUUUCCGGUUCUGGACGAUACCGACGAAGCGCAGAAAACACUCACCAGCAUCUUGGUUCAGAAGAACAAACCAAUUGAGCAAAGCCUCUACGUGUACAAAGUCGAUGAACGAAACUUUGGGCUGGUUUUCCCAGCCCGCUUGGAAGCUGCCGUCCGCGACGGAGAUGUUCGCGAUGUAAUGCUGGCCAAAGAAUCCGACAAACUGCUGAUCAAACUCAAAAAAGGCAACAGCGUUUCCGUCAGCCUGAAAACUGUCGAGCAAACCGAUCUGGAGCAACUGUACGAGGGUGAAGGUCCUCGCGAAGAGGUCAUCAAAAAGCGUGAAAAGGAGGAAGCCAAACGUCCAAAACCAAAGAGCAAAUCCAAUCUCUCGAGCAUCGCAAACAUUUUCGAGCAGAAAGAAAAGGUUCAAGAUCUUAAGGAAGAGGAAGAACAAAAGUUCAUCGAAGCUCAUCGCGAAAAGGCUGUCCGCCUUGCCACAGAACGUCGUGAACGUCAACUCGCCGAGAAACUCAACGCUUUGAAACUCAGCGAACACCUAAUCACGCAAGAAAGUGAACUUGGUGACCUAGUCAAGCCAAUGAUCGAGUCCUGGGAUUGGAACACCUUGGAAAAAGAAGCCGCUGAAAACAGCGCAAACGAAGUGUCGAUCAAGAAUCUUCCAGAACCCGUUCAAAUCACCCCCGUCGAACUUCCACCCAAACAAAUUCAAGUCGAUCACGCGAUCCUCGAAAAAUCCUCCGGCAUGGAGGCAGCCUCUUACGUUGGAACAAUAAACCCAACCAAGAUCGAAAUCAAAUCCGAUCGUCUCAAAGCAAUGAAAUCCCUCACCCCAGAAACCUUGGACGCCCUCGCCCACGUAGAAGAAAAGCUAGCCUCCCAGUCGGAACUCUUCCCCCAUCUGGACGACCUCGCCUCAGUCAUCGCCCGCAUUCAAGACUCCCAAGCUACCACCGUCGACGGCGUCCCCGGCGUUAAACUCAUCGUCAACCACCAGGAAGUCUUCAUCCCCGGGCAAACACUAACCAUAAACAACAAACCAACCUUCGUACCCGGCCAAACGCUCGAGUCCCAAAACGGAAUCCUCGAGUUCGUCCCAGGGGUAACCAUCACCGCCCACGAAGGAUCGAUCCACUUCAUCCCGGGUGAGAUCGCCCUGACGAAGGCGGGUAAACCGCAGAACUUUAUCGCCGGAAAGGUCAUCGACGGAAAGUUCGUGUGCGGUCAGGUGUUGACCAUCAACGACGAGCCCCAGUUCGUGCAGGGACAGACGAUCGUUACGCCCGAAGGUGUCAGCAAGUUUGUGGCUGGGGUUGUGGACGAAGCUACGGGCGUGUUCGUACCAGGGCAAAAUAUUGAAACGCCAGAGGGAGUAAAGUUCGUCCCCGGACAGACGAUCACGGUGAACGGAAAGGAGAAGUUUAUCCCUGGACAGACCGUGAUGGGUGCCAACAAGGAAAUGGUAUUCGUUCCAGGUCAAACGGUGGUUGACGAACAUGGGGUUUCCAAGUUUAUACCAGGCAAAACGGUUGUCACACCGGAGGGUUCCAAAUUCGUUCCUGGACAGUACGUGGACGAUACCUUUGUUCCCGGUAUCACCGAAGGAGACAAGUUUGUGCCGGGAGUUAACAUUGAAACCAAGGAAGGAUCCAAGUUUGUCCAAGGACAGAUUGUUCACACGAAGCACGGUGAUGUGUUUAUGCCGGGAUCAACGACGGUGGCGGAGAAUGGAGAGUUGAUGUUUGAAAUCGCUUCGACUAUUGAUGCCGUCAAGUUUAGUGAAGCUACUCCGGUUGGGCUGGUUAUGGAUAGUGAUAACAUGAAGAUCACCGAACCUUCUCUGUGUGUGUUUGGACACAUGGUCCAGCAAGAGUCUGGUGUCGAGUUUUAUCCGGAGAAGAUUAAGCGGGAAGAGCUGCCGCAGGGUAAGAUCGUCCCAGGAAAGUUGAUCAAACAGCAAGCGAAUACUAAAUUCAUUCCUGGAAUGAACGUUGAAGAAGGUUUCAUCCCAGGACAGGUGGUCCUCACCGAUCACGGUGAGCAGUUUGUACCCGGACAGGUGAUUGAAACAUCCGAAGGACUCAAGUUCGUCCCGGGUCAGAUCAUUGAAACGAAGAACGGUGCCAAAUUUGUGCCCGGACAAACGAUGCAGACGGCGGAUGGUCCACGAUUCGUGCCAGGUCAGAUCAUCAAUACGAAGGCCGGACCAACGUUUAUUCCUGGCCAGGUAAUCAGUACCGAUGAUGACGGAGAAAAGUUCGUACCCGGCCAGAUUGUGGACACGGAUGAUGGGCCACGGUUUGUGCCGGGUCGGGUUGUGGAGACGGAGAAUAAGGUGACGUUCAUCCCGGGUAGAAUUGUUCAGACAGCUGAUGGUCCCAAGUUUGUUGCUCCGGACCUGAAGGAUACCGAGGACGGCGAUGAAGAGUUCUUGGUGCAGAGUUACACCGUGACUCCGGAGGAAUUGAAACUGUUGAAGCCAAAUCAAACAUUGAGCACGAUGGACUCGCAGGAGAGUUCUUUGAUCGUGACGCUGGAUAGUUCGAUGCUGCAGCAGCUUUCGGAGGCUGGAAUGCACGUUGGACGCCAGGUUGAAGCAUCCGCUGUGGAUUACGUACUGCAAAGUACCAAGGAGCGAAAGGCACUGCAGAAGUUCAUUGCCGAACACAACAUCCAGAAUGGCAGUGUGGAUGUAUUGGAGAAUAUAUUCGACGGCUUGAAGUCGGUUUGCAGUCGGGUUAACCUGGAAUCGUUGCAAUGUGAACUCAACGAACGGAAGCCUAUGGAUGUUUCCGUUUGCAAUGGAUCAGUGGGAGUGGUGGAUGCAUUGGCAACUAACUUGGCUUCAAUCUUGGCGAAUACUGACGAAAAUGAGAAUCGCACCAUGUACGAGGUGAUCGCUGAAGCGAUUAAGAUGUCCAACGGCGAAUACAGUAUCGAGGAGCUUCAGCACGUGAUGCAGAAUCCGGCUGCGGUGGAUUACCUGGCUGGUAUGGUAAACAAGACGAUCGUGAAGAACAACAUUGAUCAAAAGUUAAAAACGAUUACCGCGUUGGUUGGAGAUAACGAGCAGAGUGGAGAGACGGCUGUUGCAAGCCACACAGCGAUCGAGGAGUUCUGUCAGCUGAUGGACAAUGAUCGUAUGUCGGAAGCGUUUGUCAAUUUGUUGAAGAAGGACGAAAAUCUGUUCAAGUCUAUUGUGAGUGGACUGAAGACUUCUGGGUUGGCGGAAGAUACUGUCAAUAUUGCGGAGAUUUUGCAAGCUGCCGUGGUGGAUAGUAUUCAGGAGAAGGCACAGUGUGCACUGGUGGAGUUGAUGGUAGAUCCGAACCACGAUCAGUUGACGGCGUUGUUGAAAAAGUCCGAAGGAUUGGCACUUGCGUUAGGCAACAGUAAAGAAGCUGAGACGUUUGAGUAUCUGAUGAAGCAUCCGGAAGCGUUGAAGGAUUUGAACAAGGAUGAUGAUCUGUUCACCAUCAUCAACCGAGUGUUGAUUAUGGAGGAGCUGGCCCAGGAUGACGACGAGUAUCGGGAGUUGAUCGAUAGUUUGGAGAAGACUCCGGCGCACGCAACUAGUAGUGAUAAGCUGCGAGAGUUGAUCCGACAGAGUGGAGCUCUUUCGUAUGCUCCUACCAAGAAGCUCGCGAUCGAGACAUCCAAGGAUGUUCCCAUUUCGCUGUUCUACACCAACAAUCAGCUAGCCAUUGAGGAGUUCUUCCUGAAGAGUGGACAAACCCAGCGACACUGUCCGAAGGCUUUCCUGAUCAUCAAGAAGGGCAUCCAGGCUGUCAUCCCGCGGGAAUCCAGCCAUGAAGUGCUUGCUGGCAAGAUCGCCUACACCGUGCUGGACGAGAACGGCAUCCGGCACUUCCAGCCGAUGAACGUGCUGAACGCGCUCAAAAUCACACCCCGAUUCCUGAAUCGGUUCUCGAUGUACACUUGUGAUAUCGCCGAGGAGCUGGACAAUGACACGCUGAGCAGUAGCAGCAGCCACGAUGGGGAGUUUGAAGACGUGUACUGUUACGGCCGGCCAUUGUCACGGCGGGGUUCGUUGAGAGUGCCAGCGGUUAAUGGAGGAAAUGGUGCUCCGUAUCCCAGGAGAGGAGACAGACUGGACAGCUACGGCUACUUGGGAUCGACGCCACCGUCGACACCACUGUCACAUCGCAAAACGACAGCUCCAGCGGCCAGGAUUCACCACCAGAAGCAUUAUCCGCUGCAUCACGUUGAGAAUGUUAAGACUCUCCCGAUGGCGAUGCGGAUAGCGAUCAAGGCCUCACUUUCGCGGGAAGCGCCGAUCAUGAAGUCCUCCAGCCGGGACUACCUGCACCGGUCCUCGUCGCUUGCCCGGCUCAAGAUGUACGAUAUUUUGGUUGUAAACAAAAACUACGAUGCCGAAGGGCCCGACUCCAUCUCGGUGCGAGUGGGGGAUCUGGUCGAGGUCCUGGACAUGGGCGAGUCCGCCAAGAACAACACCGCAAAGAAGCCCAAACUGGACCCAUCGCUGAACGUGGGCAAAACCGAGAGCCUGCUGGACAGUUCCGUCUCCAAGCACAAGCUGGCCGUCAAACCGAAGAAGAACCACCAGAGUUCGCUACGGAGAAGCGUCAGUCCACAGCCGCCGCAGUACCAGCCCAAACCGAAUGAAAAGUGGAAAGUACGAAUCUUCGACGGGGAUGACAACGCCAAAGCGGGCUGGAUUCCGGUCUCGGUGCUGGACAUCAUGCACACCGACCAGGCCGUGUUCGGCGAGAAGGCCAACGAUGCCGCCUACCGUCGAGAAGCUGUCGUUCGAGAGCUGAUUGAAACUGAGGAAGAGUUCGGCCGCGACCUGCAGCAGGUCGUCGAGAACUACAUCAAGUACAUCGACAACCCGGACAACAAGAUCCCCCGGAUGAUCCGCGAUCACAAGGACGACAUCUUCAACAACUUCAAACAGAUCGCGGACUUUCACAACACCGUACUGAUCGAGGGCGUCAAGUACAACGCCAACAAUCCAAAAAUGAUCGGCAAAACGUUCCUGCGGUUGGAACGCGACUUCGACAAGCACGUGCGGUACUGCCGGGAUGUGCCGGCCGCCCAAGAGUUUCUGGCCGCCAACGACGCCGUGCGGGACUUUUUUAUGGACCUCUCCCAAAAACUAGACGACGACAAGAGUUUAGUGGAACACCUCAAACUACCCAUCCAGCGCAUCAACGACUAUAAACUUUUAUUCAAGGAACUUCUGAAAUAUUCCAACGCGCUCGGCGAAAAUGUCACCGACCUCCAGAAGGCCCUAGAGUUGAUGCUCUCGGUGCCCAGUCGAGCAGCCAACAACAAGUAUCUGGAGAGCAUCGAAGGUUUCCGCGGGAACCUCCAGAAGCUAGGUCGCGUCCUCGCCCACGAGUACUUCGGCGUCAAGGACAAGGAGAACAAGAUCAAGGAGCGCUACCUCUUUCUAUUCAAGGCUCGAAUUCUCAUCACCAAGGCGAAACGCCUCUCGGACGAAAAAUCGAUUUUUAUUCUUAAGGAUAUCGUUAAGCUACCCGACGCGCAAAUCAAGGACAUCGAUUCCCGUGCCUUUGAGCUAGCCCCAAAGACCGCCGGAAAAGGAGACAGCAGUGCGGUGGUGCAUCUGAUCGCGUACUCGGAGGAGGCGAAGAAGCGCUGGAUCUACGAGAUCGAGGAGUACGUCAACAACGCGGUUGCACUGCAGGAGCACGCUAACGACGAUUUGCGUAUAGAUCCGACCCAAACCAACAUCGACGAAAGUAUCAUUAAGCUACCGCAGCGCAUCGAAGCGCACAAAACCGACGAGAAUAUCAAACCGUCGGACAUCGCGGACAAUUACGUAGUGUUCAAGCACAAGGCGCACCGCGACGACGCACAGUUGGUGCAGAAAACCGUCAGCCAAGAAGUAGUGGUCGCGGCUGACGAAGAAGAAGAGGAGAAAUCCGCCAGUGUCUCGGAAAGGCUCGCUGCAUUCGAGGUCCAAAAGUCCCGAAAGCUCGAGUUCAACUCCAGCAAACAAGAAGCCAAAACCCAGGAACGUAGAACCUCAUCUUCAUCCACACAAGUUCAACAAGUCACGCAGCAGAAACAAGUUGUUCAAACUUCCACAACUCAGGUUCAGGAACGUAGAACAUCAUCCACAACUCAAGUUCAAAGCUCUACUGUUGUGCAAAACUCAUCAGUGCGACAAGAAUCCAAGGCCGUCACCCAAUCAAAGACUCAAGUCCAGGAAAGCAAGCAAAUCGAAGCUCAAACCAAGGUUCAAUCACAAGAGUCCAAAUCGGCAGCUGUCAAGCGUCAACAAGAAGUACAACUUGAAGCCCAAUCCAAGGUUCAAGUUGUCGAAGCUUCUCAGCAAUCAGUUUCAAAAGUCGAAUCGAAAACCUCAUCGACCCAGCAAAAGUCCGUUUCUAAAGCUCAACAGCAAACAAUUGUCGAAACUACCACAACAGCAGCAUCGGCAGUCCAAGCACAAGAAUCCGUCUCCAAAGUCGCCCAGAUUGAAUCGAAAUACGCUUCCCUAAAACAGAAGCAGCACCAACAGGCGACCACAGUCAGCGAAGAGGUAAAGACAGAAUCCGUACAGGUUGUAACCAGCACCAAGCUAGACUCCGUGUCCAGCUCACCGAUUGACGCCGACUCGAAAAUCAAACAGAUUGAAUCCAAGUACGCAGCUCUAAAGCAGAAGCAGCUCGAGCAAAAAUCUGACGAAGUCGACGCCAAGUUCCAGAUUGUAGAGACCAAGUUUGCUGCCCUCAAGCAGAAGCAAGAACAGCAGAAGCAGCUACAGCAACCGAAGCAAGAGCCCACAAAGCCAGUUGAACAGCUGUCCAAGGUUGAGCAGAUUGAAUCCAAAUACAAAAAGCAAGAACAACAGCAAGAAGUCGUUGUAGCUAGAGUUCAAGAAACUGUAGUCCAAGAACAGAAGCAAGAAACACCAAAACCACUGUCCAAACUAGAACAGUUAGAGUCCAAGUACAAGAGCAAGCAGGUUCAGCAAGAAACUACUGAAGUUAUCCCGACUACUCCAAUUGUCGAGACAAAGCCGGCUGUUGCAGCCGAACCACUGACCCCAGAUUCUCUUUCGAAGAUCCAACUGAUCGAGUCAAAGUACGCGGCACUCAAGCAAAGGCAACAGCAAGUUCAAGAAACUCAAGUAACCGAGGUAAAGGCAACUGUCGAAGUACAGGAAACUCAAUCGAAACUAGCGCAGAUCGAAGCCAGGCACACCGCUCGCCGACAAUCGUUCCAGAAGGACCACGAAGAAGAAGUUACCAAGAGCAAGCAGGAGUCGAAACUUCCAGUGCUAGCCAAAUCCGAAGAAAAGCACUUUACCGCGCAAAAGGUUGAAGCAGUCAAGCUAGUUGAAGCUCAGAAGAAAACUGAGGAAGCAUCGAAACCAACUCCCGAAUCGCCUAAGCCAAAGGUCGACAAGAAGGAUCGUCCACGACUGCAGAUUCCAGUGCCGGAGAAACCGCUAGACUCGGUGAAAGCUCCCGAAAGUCCAAAGAAAGUACCGGAAUCGCCAAAAACUCCAGUUAAGAAGCCGGAGAGUCCACCACCAGCUAGCAAAAAGUUACCCGAAGCACCCAAGACUCCAGUGAAGGUUCCAGAGAGUCCUAAACCAGUUGAGAAGAAGGUUGAGCCUGUGAAAACACCAGAGCCACCAAAGACUCCAACCAAAGUAUCCGAGUCACCGAAGCCAAAGCUUCCGGAAACACCCAAGACACCAACAAAGGCUCCAGAGAGUCCAAAACCAGUUGAGAAGAAGCUUCCUGAAGCACCAAAAACUCCAACAAAGGCUCCAGAGAGCCCAAAACCGGUAGAACAGAAGCUUCCUGAAGUUCCAAAGACUCCAGUGAAGGUUCCUGAAAGUCCAAAACCAGUUGAGAAGAAGCUUCCAGAGGCUCCGAAGACUCCCGUGAAAGUUCCAGAGAGUCCGAAAGCAGUUGAGAAGAAGCUUCCCGAAGCACCCAAGACUCCAGUGAAAGCUCCAGAGAGUCCGAAAGCAGUUGAGAAGAAGCUUCCCGAAGCUCCUAAGACUCCAACAAAGGCCCCGGAGAGUCCAAAACCAGUUGAGAAGAAGGUUGAGCCUGUGAAAACACCAGAGCCACCGAAAACUCCAACUAAGGUACCCGAGUCACCGAAGCCUAAACUUCCGGAAACACCCAAGACACCAACAAAGGUUCCAGAGAGUCCAAAACCCGUUGAGAAGAAGCUUCCAGAGGCUCCGAAGACUCCAGUGAAGGCUCCAGAGAGUCCGAAAGCAGUUGAAAAGAAGCUUCCCGAGGCGCCGAAAACUCCAACAAAGGCCCCAGAGAGUCCAAAACCGGUAGAACAGAAGCUUCCUGAAGUUCCAAAGACACCGACUAAGGUUCCUGAGAGUCCAAAGCCAGUUGAGAAGAAGCUUCCAGAGGCACCAAAGACUCCAACAAAGGCCCCAGAGAGUCCUAAGCCAGUUGAGAAGAAGCCGGAAAAGGUCGACCCACCGAAGCCGAAAGAACCUGAGAAGAAACCAUUCGAAGCAAAGAAGGUUGAGGCAGUCAAGCUUCCUGAACCGGCCAAGAAGGUUGAAACACCAGCAGCAGCUGUAAAAGCACCGGAAUCACCAAAGCCCAAGGAAGUUGAGAAAAAGCCAUUUGAAGCAAAGAAGGUUGAAGCCGUUAAGCUACCAGAACCUGUUAAAAAGGUUGAUACUCCUGCCGUGAAGACACCGGAAUCGCCGAAGCCAAAGGAAGCAGAUAAAAAGCCGUUCGACGCGAAGAAGGUUGAAGCAGUCAAGCUACCGGAACUGAACAAGAAGUCCGAACCUGCUAAAACUAAAGCAGAGUCCGCUAGCACAACAGGUUACGAUACCCCUGUAGCGGAUGAUGAUCAGGAACCCUCUCUAGAGAGUCUAGUAGAGCAGAAAUCUAGAGAGGAAUCACUCAAGCUUAAGCUUGACGAGAUCUACGCUAAGGAGAAGGCAGCCCUUGUCGAGGCCAAGCGAAUCCGACAAGCAGAGGAGGAAGAAAUACGUAGGAAGUUUGACCAGAGAAGCAAGCGAGAGAUCCAGCAGAUCAAGGAAACUGCGUUGGAACUUUUGGAGCAGAUUCAAGCAACAAGGGAAUCGGUAAAGACAGUAUUAGGUGACAGUGACGAACCGAACAAGAGGGAAUCGAAAUUGCCAAAGGUUGAAAAGUUAGCGGUGCAAUCCGAUUCGAAACUUCCGAAGAUCACCAAGGCGGCAGAUAACGGUUCAGAUUCUCAACAGCAGCAAGAACCUCCGCCACAAGAGAGUUCUAACGAAGGAGGAUCUGAUCAACAGGAAGGCACAUCUGGUGGAGAUCAGAGCAGCCAAGGCAAUCAGGGAGGAGAUAACCGAGAAGGGUCAGGCGACGGAAGUGGAGGCAAGCGAACUCCACCGCCUCUUCGGUUACCAACUUUCUUUGAUCCACCUCCACCACCAGUAUAUCAGGCUACUAUCGAGGUAUUCAUCAAGAAGGAACGUCCACCACCACCACCGCCACCAAAGAUCACCAGAAAGCUUGUGGUCAAUACCGACGAACUAGAACGGAAGACACAGCUGUUCUUUGAAGGCCAUAUCGACGUUCCGGAUCCGGACUAUUCUACAGCAGCCGCUCACCGGAAGGUAAAAGGUCUUAAGCACCUUAUUGGUAAAACCGGUGAAACAGUUCGGUACGCCGAGGACACAGUUCACAAGGCGGAACAGGGUGAAUUCUCUAGUAUUGUAUUCCCCGAACCAGAAGAAGAGCGAAAGCCAAGGGAACCUGCCUACGAGUAUCAGUACACGGUGGAGGAUCCGAUUACCGGCGAAAAGAUUUGUACUGCUGAUCCUAACGUCGUUUUGAUUGAAAAAGAACUAGAGAUGGAAGAUCAGUAUACCUCUAGAUCGUCGUCGAGAUACACUUCCCUUAAGAAUCGUUCACUAGAAGCGCAACUCGAGGAGUUGGCCGAUUUCGAGGACAAGCACCUGGAGAAGAUGUCGGCGACGCAAACCGAGAAAUUGCGGGUGCCAACCAACAUUCGGCCCCACUUUGUGCAGGCCAUUCAUGGUCUGUGCGUUGAGCCUGGCGAAAAUGCCAAGUUCUCGUGCCAACUGGACGAACGUUCCAGCGUGCAAUGGCUCAAGGAUAACAAGCCGCUCGAUGACAAGCUGGCGGAUCGCGUCAUCACAAAGGAAGCCGACAACCUGACGUACUCGCUGGAGAUUCAGCACUGUCGCGAAGAGGACACCGGCACCUACACGGCACGGGCCAUCAACGGUUCGGAGAAUGCCGCCUGUACGGCGCAACUCACCGUGGAGAAGUUGACCCCAGAGCAGAGGAAGGCUCUCUCGGAAACCAACGCCCCAGUGUUUAGCGUCAUACUUAGAAACACCGAGGUCGUUGAGAAGACUUACCUGACCUUCCUGGUCAAGGUCAAGGGAGAUCCCAAGCCGAAGAUCCGAUUCUGCAAAGACGAUCGUGAGAUUUCUGACACUGACAAGCGUAUGAAGGUCGUUCGCGAGCGUGAGGACAGUGGGUACUACGAGUUGAUCAUUCCGGAAGUCCACAAGGGCGACUGUGGUGUGUACUCGUGCACGGCCUACAACAAGUUCGGCAGUACCAAAACCGAAGCCCAGCUUCUGGUUACUGACCAGAGAGAACUGUUUAACGAGCUGGACACUCUCGACGAUAAGAGUAAAUUCGUUUGGAAAAAGAACGGUGUUCCCUUCGAUCCUGAAGAGCGGUUUAAGGUGCUAAUGGCGGAUGAUUCCGACUCGUUGGCGCUUGUCUUCCAGCACGUGAAACCUGAAGAUGCUGGACUCUACACUUGUGUUGCCGCAACCGCUUCCGGCAAUAUCCAGUGUAGUGCUGAACUCACGGUUCAGGGGCAAGUCAACCAACUCAUGCAGGACCCAUCCAAGCCGCACAUAGUAAUUGAGUCGAAGGACGCACUGUCGCGAAUUGGCGGUAAAGCUAUGCUCGAGGUGAAAGUCCACGGCUAUCCCAAGCCGGAGCUCGUAUGGCGUCACGAGGGCACCAUCAUCGAACCCGGUGGUCGCUUCAAGUUCCUCUACGAGGACGCCGAGUCCGUAUCGCUGGUCAUCAUGGAUGUGCAAUCUUCGGACGCCGGUGCCUACUCGAUCGUUGCGCAGAACGAACUUGGCGAAGACUCUACCUUCAUCAAUCUGACCGUCAAGUGUCCACCAAGUAUCGUGCGGCCUCACGACACCUCUGUCAUGGUUGGCGAAAACUUCAAGAUGUCCGUGGAAGUCAAUGCCGUGCCGGAGGCUACCGUUCGCUUCUACAAGAACGGUAAGGAACUCAAGGAGGACAACCGUAUCAAGUUCCUGACGGCCGAAAACUAUCACAUCAUCAAGUACAGUCCGACCACCAUGGACGAUGCUGGCAAUUAUUCGAUCAUCGCCGCUAACGAGAUCAGCCAGGCAACCGAAUUCUGGGAGUUCACCAUCAACUCUCCACCGCGUCUGAUGCACGGUCUGUCGAAGGAAACGAUCGUCAACGAGAAGGAGGACAUCGAGUUGUACGUCAAGGCGGACAGUAACCCCAAGCCGAUCGUGCGCUGGUACAAGGAAGGAAAGGAGGUGUUCCCCGAUGGCAAGCGUAUUCUGAUUAUCGAAGAAGAUAAUCGUUACACGCUGAAGAUACACGCGGCUAACCGUGACGACACUGCGUUGUAUACGGCCGAUAUCAUCAACGAUUACGGUACCGUUACGGAGCGUUCCCAGGUGAAUGUGAACACCAAGUCCAAGGUCCGUGAACAGCUGGAGGCCAUCACUUGCAAGGAGGGCGAUAGCAAUGUGGUCAUGAGCAUCAAGGCCGACGGUUACCCACGACCAAAGGUUCAGUGGUACAUCGAUGACGUCGAGAUCACCGAAUCCCGCAACGAGUUCAAAACGGUUGAGGAAGGACUGUACUACAAGUUGAUCAUGAAGGAAGCCAAGGCAGAACUGCAGGGUGUGUACAAGGCCAAGUUCACCAACGAAUACGGUUCGGACGAAUCUAGCGCCAAGACAACUAUCCAGUGUUCGCCUAAGGUACGCAAGUCACUGGUGGACACGGAAGUCGACGAGAACACUACUCUGACUCUGGAGGUCGAAAUCUACGCGGAGCCCGUGCCGGAGAUCAGCUGGUUCAAGAACGGCCAACCGGUGCAGACCGACGCUCGUCUCACGAUCAAGCGCGACAGCCAGCGGGUGGAGAACUACACCCUCUCGCUGACCAUGGUCCGCGGAGCAGACUCCGGCGAUUACGAGGUGCGUGCGGUCAACGCCAUGGGAACCGCUACCAGCAAGUCGAGGGUCGUUGUGCAAAAAGCCCUUGUAGCGAGCCCCGAUGAGAACGCCGAAACACACCACAUGAUCAGCGAAUGCACCAAAAUUGGCCAGAACGGAGAGACCAUCAUGAUCUCGGUGCACACCGAAGAGAGUCACGCCGCGAUAGUCACAGGUACCGAAGAGUCCCACUCGAUCCACCAGAUGCGCGCGACGACGAUUAUAUUUGAAGAAGACAGCGGCUCACCACUGGAAGUGCCCCAGCGUAUCAUCUUCCCCAACAGACCGCACGCUUCGGCGUUGCACGUGGAGGAGAUCGACAGUAUCACGUUCAAAUCUCCAGAGGAGAAGGCUCAAUAUCACAGCCUAACCGUGAACGAAUCCGCCGGAACGCGUCUCGUCAUAGAAGAGCUCGAAUCGGACAACGAAGCCGCUUCGGGAGGUGGACGAUACUCGCGAGGAGUGUCCAUUACGUCGGCUUCGGAUGACGAGCUGCUGUCGCGACAGUCCAGCCGACCGGGAAUGGAAGAGUUCACUGAGCAGGCGAAGCAAGCCGAAGAAUCCCAAGGUUUGACCAGAGAAGAUGCCGAUCUGAACGAUUCGGAGAAGAGCAAGAGGGUUCGCUUUGAAGAAGACCUGGCCGAGGGCGCAAAGAAAGCUCGUCUGCUCGAGAAGCAAGAAUCUGAAGGCGGCAAUGUAGAAGUCGAUGAGGGAUGUAUUAAAGUGGACAAAAAUGAAGCCACUUCCCAAGCUGGUAAGCUUCUUUCAAAAGAAUCCAUUGAGGAAGCUGAAGGUCCGAAAGGUAAAUCAGUCGAUGAGAGCGAAGCAGAAAAAGCACAAAAGAAACAAGCGUUGCUCAAGGGAACAGUCGACGUAGAAGCAGCUGAAGAAGCGAAACCUAUCGUUUCUGAAGACACUGAAAAAGCAAAGAAAGGCAAACGCUUCCAACAAGAAGAAGCAGUGGAAAAUACUCAACCUUCGGUUAAAGCACAAGAAACACAGGAGGACAACAAGUCUAAGAAAGCCUUGAAGAGCGAAGAAUCCGUCGAAGUCGAAGCGGAUGCGUCUGAAAAGCAGAAGCUGACCGAUGAGACAGCUAGCAAAAAGAAAGCUCUGUUGAAAGGAGAAUCUGUUGACGAAAUCGCCGAGAAAGCGAAAAAACUCGAGCAGACUGAGGACAAGCCCAAGAAAGCUUCAUUGCAAGAAGACAUCACUGAAGUUAAUGCUGACAAGUCUCAGAAGCCACAAGAAUCCGAUGCAAACCGCGCCACUUGCCCUGAAGCUCAGCUAACCGUACUGGUCCUCCUAUGUCUCGCUUCCUGUCCGCAUCUACCGUGCGUCCCCGGAGAUUCUGAAGACCGACAUCGCCGACGUUACUACGUUCGACUCGCUCCACUGUCGUGGACCGUCGAAGCCGAUGGCAUCCCGCGCCCUGCCGUCAUCUGGUACCACAACGGAGAGGAGGUCAAGGCCAGCGACCGCAUCCGAUUCACUGACUCGGGAACUACCUACAAGAUCGAGAACCGCGACGUGAAGGAAGCCGACGCUGGAGAAUGGAAGGCCGUUGUCAAGAACCGUAUCGGCGAGAAGACGCUGCCGUGCAAUUUGACUGUUAUUCCUUGCAAGGAGUACCGCCGUCCCAAGUUGAGCAAGGGUCUGGAGGACAUCUCCGUGCACAAGAACGAACCGAUCACGCUGAGUGUCACGCUUACGGCCGAUCCGGAGCCGGAAAUCAGCUGGAUCCAGAACGGCACCGAGGUGCAAGCCGACAACUUCAUCCAGAUGAAGACGGAGAUCCAGGAGCUUGAGUACAACCUCAAGCAGAUCACGUACACGCUGUACAUUGCCGAAGGUCGUCACUACGACACCGGUAACUACACCUUCCGUGCCAAGAACAAGUACGACAUAAACGAGUCCAACUGCCGGCUGGAUGUGCUGCUCAAGCCAGAGAUCGAGAACUUGUCGGACAUCACCGUGGAACCGUUCACACAGGGUGUGUUCCAGGUGCUGAUCAAGGCGAACCCCAAGCCGAAGGUUACCUGGACCAAGGACGGUAUCAAUCUGUGCAACGUCGACAACUGCGACGUUAUUGCCGACGUCGAGAAGGAAAUCUACACCCUUCUGGUGGAGUCCUGCGCUAUGGCCGAACAUGGAACGUAUACUUUGACGGCUACGAACAACUUUGGCGAAACCGUUGCAACGGCUAAGCUGAACGUGCACACCACGAAGCCAACGUUCACCAAGGAACCGGACAGCUUGAACGUCCACGAUUGGGCCGAUGUGUACAACAAGGUUGAAGUUCGCGGCGUUCCACGUCCUGCCAUUCAGUGGCUCCGCAACGGAACGCCACUUGAUUUGGAGGAAAUCGACCCGGAAUCGAACGAACCCAAGGUCAAGGUCGUGACUACUGGUGACUCUGAGGUGACCAGUGAGUUGUUCAUCACCCACUUUGGGCCUGAGCUGCAAGGAAACUACUCUUGCUUGGCAUCGAGCAUCGGUGGUGAAACCGAGGCCAAGUUCAUGAUUUUGGUCAAGAACGAGCAGCCCGUGUUUGGCAAGGGACUGGACAGAUCUAUGGAUCUGGAGGAAGACGAUCGCUUGGAGCUGUCCUGCAUUGUUGAUGGUAGCCCACUGCCGAAGAUGACCUGGUACAAGGAUGGCAACGAAGUUAUCGCUGAUGAUCACGUCAAGAUCACCCAUGGACACGACGGACGUUGCCGUCUGGUCAUCGAUAAGGUUGAUCCCGGUGACAGCGGUUGCUACAAGCUGGUGCUGUCGAACAAGAGCGGCGAUGUUUCCACGCAGAGUUCUGUUGCGAUCACACCCAAGCAAAGAUAUCCGGUGUUCAUCCGUCCGCUCCAGGACCACAAGAUUGUCGUUGGAGAUAAACUGCACAUGGAAGCUGAAAUUGCUGGCUACCCGAUGCCGGAAGUUAGGUGGUUCAAGGAUGGCAUUCCAAUCCACCAAACGCGUGCGAUCAACUUCAUCAACGAGCCCAACGGACUGGUUGGUUUCAUUAUCGAUCGCGUCACGCCCGAGGACGCCGGUAUCUAUACCUGCGAGGUGAAGAACUCGGUCGGUUCGGCGACGUCCGCAUCGAUCACGGAAAUUCUUCCAAAGGCCAAGAAGCCCCAGUUCAUCAACGAGCUGCAGACCAUCAGCAUUGUCGAGGGCUAUCCGAUCAAGAUGAACGUCAAGGUUGUUGGCUAUCCAAUGCCAGCCAUCAAUUGGCUUCACAACGGAACGCAAAUCACUGGUGAUCGCUGCAAGAUCACAGAGGAGAGUGAGGGAAGCUCUUGGCUGUCCAUCGACAAGGCGGUCGGAACCGAUGGUGGCGAGUACUCGGUUGUUGCUUCCAACGAGAAUGGAGAUACCAUGUGCGCUGCUACCGUGACUGUUCUUCCAGUCACUGACACCUCGAUUGGAGAAGAGCCACCAACCUUCCUGGGAGGUAUUCGGGACAUUAUCGCCGAUGAGGGCAAGGAGCUUACGUUCAGUGCUCGCUUCGCUAGUAACCCAGCACCCGAAGUCAUCUGGACCAAGGACGGAGAGCCGCUGCAACCCACUGGACGCGUUACUGUCACUUGUGACGGUAAGAGUGUUGGCCUAACUAUUGCUCCGGCUGAGACAUCCGACUCUGGUGAAUACGCUUGCUUGAUGGCUAACCCAUUGGGCGAAACUGAGACCAAGGCCUCGGCCACUGUUCGUAAGGUGUUCCAGAAGCCGAACUUCGUGUACCGCUUCCCGGAUCUUCAACAGCUACCAGGAUUGGAAGCCAAGUUCCCGGCUAAGCUGGUCGGUGUGCCACGCCCAACUGUACAGUGGUACAAGAACGAAACUCCGAUUUCUGCCAACGAUCGUUACAAGAUGAAGUACGAGGGAGAACAUUGCUGCCUGUACAUCAAGGAAUGUAACGAGUCUGACACGGGAUUGUACUCGUGCAUCGCUACCAAUCGCGAAGGAAGCAGCACUAUCGAAGCCAAGCUGGAUGUCGUGUCGCAACUGACCAAGGGUGAUGAGCCACUGCCAGCGUACUUCAUGAAGAAACCAGUCGAUAUGACAGUUCUAGAAAACAUGAAGGCCAAGUUUACUGCUUGUGUCGAUGGAUUCCCGCUGCCAACUGUGGAAUGGAUCCGUGACGGACAUCGUCUGGUUCCAAGUGAAAAGUACCGCAUCGAAGCUGACAUCAACGGUCUUUCUCGGUUGAUCAUCGACGACGUUCAGGAGGAGGAUCUUGGACGUUACACAUGCAAGAUUUUCAACAACCUUGCUGAAGUGUUGGCGCAUGUAAACCUGCGUUUCGAAACUCUUGACGCCCAUCCACGCCGUCGUUACGGAAAGGGCAAGGGCAAGGACUACCUGCAUAGCACGCCUUACCCGCUCAUGGACAGACCGAUCAUCUCGAAAUUGUCCGAUCGUCGUUUGACUCUGUCAUGGAAGCCAUCGAUGACGACCGUUCCGCGCUAUCCAAUCACGUACCAAAUGGAAAUGAUGGAGCUUCCCGACGGAGACUGGUAUACCUAUCAAUCUGGACUGCGCAGCUGCUCGUGUGAAGUGCGCAACCUCGAACCGUUCCGUGAAUACAAGUUCCGCAUCCGCGUUGAAAACAAGUAUGGCGUUAGUGAACCAAGUCCCUAUGUCCAGACGUAUAGACAGAAGCUGGAGCCAGAUGCGCCAGUUUUCUAUCCAUACCUUGGACCGGGACGUGAUUACCGCCCCGACGUUUCUCCGCUCUAUCCCCACAACUUCGACGUAGAGCGUCCAUCGCACAAGGAUCAACGUACCGGCAUUACGCCAGAGUUCCUGCGCCAAGAGUUCCCCGUUCAGUUCGGCACCAAGAACCACAACGUUAGCCUGUUCUGGUUUGUGUAUGGUUAUCCGAAGCCAACAAUGACCUACUACUUCAACGAUCAGAAGAUCGAAGCCGGAGGUCGUUAUUGCUUUAGCUACACCAGAAACGGCCAGGCUACGCUAUUCAUCAACCGCAUGUCUGAGCGUGACGUUGGCGUCUACGAGGCAGUCGCCAGCAACGAGUACGGCUCUGUGAAGCAACGUGUCUGCCUGGAACUCGGAGAGUAUCCACGAUUCCUGCAACGCCCGGAGGAAGUGUUCAUCAUGGGUCGUCGCUCGGGACGUAUUGAGGCGAAGAUCGCAGGAGUACCGUUCCCGGAUGUAAAAUGGUUCAAGGACUGGCAGCCCAUCACAGAAUCUACUCGCGUCAAGAUGAUUUUCUACGAGCCAGACACCUGGGUUCUGCUGAUCACCGAUGCCAUCAAGAAGGACGAGGGCCUGUAUUCGCUGAGCGCUUACAACGCUAUCGGAUCGAUCAGCUCGUCGGUUAUGGUGCACGUUGAAGAUAACGAGGAAGACUACGUGUACAACGCUCAUCACAGAACUCCGUACGUUCGCGCUCGCAACAAGGUGUGCGAAGACUUUUACGACAUUGGAGAUGAGAUUGGUAGAGGUACCCAGGGUAUCACUUACCACGCUGUGGAUCGUUCCAACGGACGUAACUUUGCGGCUAAGAUCAUGCACGGAAGUCCGGAUCUGAGACCGUUCAUGUUCAACGAGGUGGAUAUCAUGAACAUCUUGAACCAUCGUAAGUUGAUCCGCCUGCACGACGCCUUCGAUAUCAACAGGUCGUUGACAUUGAUCUUGGAGCUUGCCUCUGGCGGUGAGUUGGUGCGUGACAAUCUGCUUGUUCACGAUUACUACACUGAGCGUCAGAUCGCUAUUUAUGUGUACCAGAUUCUGUUGGGUCUGGAGCAUAUGCACACCAGAGGAAUUGGUCACAUGGGACUGACCAUCAAGGAUCUGCUGAUUGCCCACCCGGGUAGCGAUAACCUGAAGAUCUGCGACUUUGGCUUGUCUCGCCGCAUUGAAGACGAUAAGCUUUACACGCUGGACUACGGUAUGCCUGAGUUUGUUGCUCCAGAGGUUAUCAAUCGCCGUGGAGUUGGCUUGGGUCAGGAUAUGUGGAGUAUCGGUAUCAUUACGUACAUUCUUUUGGGAGGUGUCAGCCCGUUCCUGGGUCGCAACGAUCGUGAAACGCUCACCAAGGUACGCGAUGGAAAGUGGACCUUUGUUGGCACUGUUUGGGAGUUUAUCUCUACCGAGGCACGUGACUUCAUCACCAGGCUGCUGGUUUAUGAGGACGAUCACCGUAUGACCAUCAAGGAAGCUCUGAAUCACUCGUGGUUCGAUGUCAUCUACAAGAGAACCUUCGAGGAGUAUCAGAUUGGUACGGAUCGUCUGCGCCGCUAUUACUACCAUUACCGCGACUGGUACACGAAUGCCUCGUGCCGCACAUGGUACCGCCGACGCCCGUUGAUGAGCUGCUUCGACCAUCCGUCCAAGAUGGUCUAUCCGUCUGGUAUCAUCUUUACUCCGGAGGGCACUCCACCACCGGUCGGCGUGGAGGACACCCCGCACAAGCGCAGGAAGUGGGACGAAUACGUCUCCAAGGACAACCAUCCCGACUACGAGACGGCUUCGUUCAAGUCCGAGAGCCACUACCAGCAGGGACCGGACACGUACCUGCUGCAGCUGCGUGACACCACCUUCCCGUGCCGUCUUCGUGAGUACAUGAAGAUCGCCAAGCACCGGUCGCCCAGCCUGCUCAGCGAGAGCAACUACGAUCAGAGCCUGCCGAUCAUUCGCGAGCGUCGUCGUUUUACUGACGUCAUGGACGAAGAAAUUGAUGACGAGCGUAGAAGCCGCAUCAGCCGUUACGGUACUGACGAUAGCAUUACCAUCAGUCGCCGUCUCCGUACCGAGGUUGGAACCAGGUUGGGAUCGUACGCUGAAGCCGAAGCCAUGAUCGAGGUAAAGCGUGAAGGUCAUGCACCGUUCUUCCGCGAGAAGCCACAGACAAUUUCGAUUCGUGAAGGAGAACCAAACCAGAUCAUCUGCUACGCGGUUGGUGAUCCGAAGCCAUCGGUAACGUGGUUCCGCAACGACAUGGUCAUCACCGAUAAUAACCGUAUCAAGGUGCUGGAUGACGUUGAUGGUCGCUCGGUGAUUCAGUUCCAUCCGGCGACGUUCAACGACUGUGGUAUCUACAAGGCAGUUGCCAGCAACCGAAUUGCCAAGACGGUCGCUCGGUGCCGAGUCGUGAUUGCCAUUAUUCCGGACGCACCUGAUAGUCCGGACGCAGUGGCGGUCAGUGAUACGGAAGUGUUGCUGCGUUGGAAGCAGCCGAGAAGCGACGGUAACUCGCCGGUUAUUUGCUACAGCUUGGAGAUUAGACAGCACGGAAGGCAAGAUUGGAUCGAUGUUGCGAGCAAUAUUGACCACGAGUUCUAUCUGGUGCACAGUCUGCAACCAACCACCGGUUACCAGUUCCGUUUGGCCGCUUAUAACCGAAUUGGUUGGAGUGACCGUGGUAUCCCUACGAAGGCGGUGCACACGUUGGAAGUGGGAGCGCCAAAGAUCCAAAUUACCCGCGCCAUGAAGCAGCUGCAACAGUUGACCGAAUCCGGUCAACAGGUUGGUCCCGAGGAACGCGGUGGUCGUUUGGACUACAGCUACGAGAAGACUCCGCUCAAGUGGAGCAUCGAGGGCAAUUACAACGAAAAGUUCAGCUUCAUGUCGGAAAUCUCGCGCGGUCGUUACUCGAUCGUCGUGAAGGGCUUGGAAAAGGCCACCGACAAGAUCGUUGUCGCGAAGAUCUUCGAGCUGGGUGACGAACGCGUCGCCGAAGCUGCUGAGAGUGAGUUCGACAUGCUGCGCACGUUGAGACACGAACGUAUCGCUAGUCUGCUGGCGGCGUUCAAACCGAAGAAUACCUCGAUCGCUGCCCUCGUUAUGGAGAAGCUGCAGGGUGCCGACGUGCUGACGUACCUCAGCAGUCGCUCCGAGUAUUCCGAGCAGGUCGUUGCCACGAUCAUCGGCCAGGUUCUGGACGGUCUGCAGUAUCUGCACUGGCGCGGAAUUUGCCACCUGGAUCUGCAGCCGGACAACAUCGUCAUGUCGUCGGUGCGACAGGUCCAGAUCAAGCUGGUUGACUUUGGAGCGGCCCAGCAGGUCACCAAGUUGGGUGCAAAGGUGCCCAAUCUUGGAUGGUUGGACUUUACUUCUCCCGAAGUGCUCAACAAUGAGGCUGCCUACCCGCAGACCGACAUCUGGACCGUGGGUUGCUUGGCAUACCUGUUUCUGUCCGCCAACAGUCCGUUCCACGGCGGAGACGAGGCCGAAACGCGUGCAAACAUCAGCUUUGUGCGUUAUCGCUUCGAGUAUCUGUUCAAGGAGGUCACGCAGGAGUCGACCCGCUUCCUGAUGCUGAUCUUCAAGCGAGCCCCAACCAAACGUCCAUCGGUGGAGGAGUGCUUCGAGCACAGAUGGCUUGUCCAUACCGACUUCAUGACGAAGAAACGCGAGCGUGCGAUCUUCCCGGGAAGUCGUCUGAAGGAAUUCUCCGAAUAUUACCACUCGAUGAAAACGAACGAGGCCACCAAGUCGGAGACCAUCUCCAACCUCGGUGGUCAAUCCCCACGCCAGUUGCUGCGAUCCAACAGCAUCCAGGAGGAGCUGUUGACCACCUUCUAGAAGCCUUCCUUAAUAUCUACCACUACCAUCUUAUCAUAACACACUACUUUAAAAUGAUACUUUCGUCUCUCUUGAACCCUUCAACUAUUUAUUUACCCAUUUAUUUAUUUAUUUAUCAUGUAUAGCACGUAGUUCACGUAGCGCCCCCGAAAAAGGCAGCUAACAUUCAAACUAAGUUUUGUACAUACUCAAAUCUUUGUUUCCUGAACAGCAACUUGAUUUUUAUUUAUAAACCUUUAGGCAUUAUCAUUAGGGAAACGCAUAAUAGUAAACCACGAGAACUCUUUAUAUAUUUGUAUAUGUGAUAAUCCGGGUCGGAACAAUUUUUAUAUGAAUUUUUAACCGAAACUAUAACCACAAAUACGUUACACAUCCCUGAAGAAACGACUCGGACCCAUAUAUCGUGUUGCUCUCGUUGGUGUUUUUUAAUAUCGAGAAGUGUAAAAAUGUGCUAGUUUAGCAAAAAAACAAAGAAGGACAGCAAUAGAAGAUAAGAACAGAAAGGAUGGCGACCGCCAAACAAGAGAACUGUGUAAUUUUAAGCGAUAGCAAAAAUAAUAAAUUUGGAGAUGAUUAGGUUACUUUGCUGGCGAAAUGUUCGUGUAGAAAAAAAAACUAUUCUUAAUAAAUCGAAUAACCAGAUUGAUUUAUCUUAUUUUGUAGCAACGGCAAACUUUGGAAGCUUUAAAAUUGUAGAACGUUAUUCUUUUCUGUUUUUAUCAAUAUUCUUUUGAAUUUCAAUAAACAGUUGUGCAUAAAC